AUGUCGAGUAACGAGGGCAGCCGAAAAAGCAACAUAGUAUUUAAGAAAAAUGCAAGAGUUCCGUGCAACUGUGGAUGGGAGGUGAGAUUCGGUUAUGGUGUCGCCGUUACUCUGGCCAUCUUCGAGGCAAAACGGUUUUUCAUGUUGAUCCUGGAGAUAUUCGCCGAAUGGCAGAUCAUUCGAUUCGCGGGUGGUCUGCGACCAGUCGUAUUUACCUUGACGAACGUCAGCUUGGGUCUGCCGACUGCUCUGAUCACGGUCCGUAAUAUACGGAAACGAAAGGUGCCACAUUGUUGCGCGAAAAAAAGACGAACACUGCAAUGCCUGCUUAUAGUGAUUGCGAUAUGCGCCAUAAUGAACGCUGCCACCAUAGUCUCCAUAGGAUAUCACAUAAGCGUCAGGCAGGAGACAUUGAUCGAUAUUUUCAACAAUUCGAUGCACUUGUACGCGAGUACAGCAUCGCACAAGUACGCGAUCGACGAGAUACAGUUCAUCUUUCAGUGCUGCGGCCAUUCCUCUUACGCAGAUUGGUUCCUCUUUGACUGGCAGGGUGUGGAUUAUGCCUCGCGAGAGGAAAUGGCAAUUCACAGUCCGAUAUCCGACGAAGAAUAUAGGGAUAAAAGUGUCCCGUUUAGCUGCUGCAAUUUACAUGCAAUGUCACCGUGCGAGCACACGCAAAUAUCGGAAAACGAUAUCAGAACUAUAAACAUGAAUGGUUGUGUCGAAGUCAUGAGUCCUGUUAUUCUCAGGAUCGUGAUCGUGGCCUAUGUCAUGACCAGCACAUUGGUGAUCAUUCAGUUUUUUUUAGCUUUUUUAAUCUCAAAGAUGAUACGGAAACUUUUAUGCGGAACGUGUCGCAUGUAUCGUUUUCCCAAGUCCUUUGCCAAUGAGUCUACCAGCGCGUCGUUGGAUAGCUCAAGUUCAGAGACAGAGAGACGCUCAAGCACAUCCUCUUCGAACUGGGAAUCACGGCAUGCGAAGAAACGCGAUAAACGUAAACGAAUCGAUAAACAAGUGUCGACAAAAAGCAUUUCUUUUAAACGUAAAGACAGCUUCAAAAGGGAUUUGAACACUUCUUCUUCACCGUUCGAUUCUUCGCCAAAAAGUGCGAAACGUUCUACUCGUUUUAGUAAGAUUUUCGGUGCCGCCAGGAUCAAACCGAGCGCUCACGAGCAACACACGAUAUCCAAAAAACGAAUGUACGACGAUGAAACGCGUUGAC